CAGAUCAAGAAAAAAGGCAGACGAGAGGACCCUGCAGCCUCUUCCACUCUCUUGUUAGGUUACUCCGGCUGCUGACCUCUCUCUUUCAGGAGCACUUUCUUUUUGUUGGGGCUAAUUCCUGAAGCAAUCCUCCCACAGCUCAUUUCCCCAGGCUAUAAGCAGAGGCUGACCAAGGGGCCCUGCGGUCAGAACUUAUUGCCACAAGCAGGAAGUGGUUAAUGCCUUCCAUUUACUUUUAGUUGGAAGAGGAAAGGCUGAAUCUUCCUUACAAUAGGGGCAGGAAAUCAACGUGACCAUACCAGUUAUUAUACCUUCCGGAGGGAAAGCAGAGCUCUUUCAGGGCACCAAGGAUGACAUCUUGAAGCUACUCUGCCACCAACAGAACAAGGACGAGGGGAAUUUAUUACACAUGGCUUGAGUGAGAGUGAAUGGGAGAUCUCUGCUGGCUGGUGAAGCCAGUCGCAACACGAGCGUGUGUGCAGUCAUUGUAGAUGAAGGCAGGAAACUGCCAUUCUGUGGUCAUUUCAGUGCAGGCAUCUGGUGCCAUUUUGUAAGUCAAAUGCUACUUUAAAGAUGAACAGGAUAGUAGACAGGAGACAUACAAGGAUAUAGAACAGUUUGAAUAAUCUGAUCGAUUUCCUUUCAUCCCUUGUAGAGUUUACAAAUGUCUUUUCUCAUAUCUGGAAAACUCCAGCAGGUAUAUGGCAACAAGAAACCCUUAACAAGUUUCAAAAGUAGAGUUUCUAAAGACCACAGUCUUGAUUAUAAUCUAUUAAAAACUGGAAGUAAAUAAUAUGAAGCUGAACUCACCCCCACCGUCACCAUCUUGACUGUUUAAAAAUUAAACACACACUCCUGUAUAAUUAACGGAUCAAAGAGGGAAUCAGAGGGAAAUGAUAAACUGUCUAGAAAGAAAAGAAAAGGAGAACACUUCACACUAAACCUUGUACCAUAGCAAAGGAGGUGCCCAGAGGAUAACAUGUAGCCUUAAAUGUCUUCGUUGUUAAUGAAGAUGAAAAACAAAGAUGACAAUAAAGUAACUGUUUGGAAAAGUUUGAAAAAAGUACAAGUUAAACCAAAAGGAAGUAGAACGGAAAUAUAACAAAUAGCUAAAUAUAAUGAAAUAGAAAGUAAAUGGAAAACAUUAAGGACAUAUACACAUUUAAAUGCCUGUUCUUGGGAAGGACUGAAAAUAGAAAUUUAACCAUAUGUAUAAUCAGGGAGAAAUGUCGGAACAAAUAUCAGCAUUUUCACUCAAGGGAAGCGACCAUUAAAAUUAUUCUAAAACCAUUUGCAAGAGGGUUGAGCAAAAUGCUUAUGUCAAGGAAAAGAAAAAACCAAUAAAAAUGUGUAUUGCAGUAUGAUUAUAAUUAUGUGAAUACAAUCUCCCGUCCCUUCCCACCUGCAAGUUGUGCAAAGAUUUAAGUCUAAAACAAUACAUCAAAAUACAUGAGUGGGAAUGAAGUAUUGAUUCAUGCUAAACAGAUGAAUCUUGGAGACGUUGUGCUAACGUUAGCUAGAAGCCAGUCACAAAAGACCUCGUACUGAAUGAUUGCAUUUAUACAAAGUGUCCAGAAUGAGCAAAUCUAUAGAGACAGAAAAUAAAUUAAUCAUUGCCUCCAGCUGGAGAGGUUGGAGGGUUUCAGAGUGAUGGGUCUGGGGUUUCCUUUUGGGAUGAUGAAAGCGUUCUAAAAUUGAUCUUAUGAUAGUUGCAAAACACUGUGAAUAUACGAAAAACCAUUGAGUUGUCUACUUUAAGUGGUAAGGUAUGUGAAUUAUAUCUCAAGCUGCUGCAGAAAAAAAAUCACAGUGAUUCUCUGUGAUUUUUGGGGGGAUAGAAAAGAAAUCUCUUGGGAGAUAGAAAUGUCAGUCAUUUUCCUCGUUUUCCCACUCCUCUGUGAUUCCCACGUUUUCCAGGUUUAAUUCUGUAUUACUUGAAUCAUGGAAACAUUUAGUAGAUUAAAAAACAUUUUAAAGGAAGAAUGAGAAUAAUCAGCCUUUUACCAGCAAAGACAAUGAUGGGAGACCUGCUAGCCUAUCUUUCGGGAAGGUGGGGGGAGGCCGGCUCCUCUAAUCCUCAAAUCUGGGAAUGGUCGUGGUGGAUUGCUCAGUUGCCGGCACUUACAAGAGUGUCGGAGGGCCCAUUCGUCUGCAGGUCAUGGAAAAUGAAACAUCAUUCGUCUGGGAACUCUCAGGGGCAGGACCACAUCUCUGGGAAAAGUGGGAGUCCUGUGAAAUCUGGGGAUGGCAAAGAGGCACCUCUAGUGAAAUAUUCUAAGAGGUGUCAGGCUCUGCUGAGUGCUAAAUUAGAGAAAGCUGUUACUUAUAUAACUUCCUGUAAUUGCCCGGCAGUAGCUGCAGCUGAGGACAGCCGCCCUCUCUCGGUCUCUGCUGAGCGGAGGCUACAUGGCCCUUCCUCCUUUCAGUUGUUUCACCUUCUACCUUGCGUGGAGUCAGACUUUUGCACCGAAUCUGAGAUGCCAUUUUAAACAGAAGACUCCAUUCUCUUGAAGAUGGGAAAUUCUUACGCUGGACAGCUGAAGACGACACGCUUUGAAGAGGUCUUGCACAAUUCCAUCGAGGCAUCCCUGCGGUCCAACAACCUGGUGCCCAGGCCCAUCUUUUCCCAGCUGUACCUGGAAGCUGAGCAGCAGCUUGCCGCUCUAGAAGGUGGUAGCCGAGUGGACAAUGAGGAAGAGGAAGAAGAGGGAGAAGGAGGGCUGGAAACAAACAGCCCCCCAAACCCUUUCCAGCUGCACCCUCCGCCUGAAGGAUGCUGCACCACAGAUGGGUUCUGCCAGGCCGGGAAGGACCUGCGCCUCGUCUCCAUUUCCAACGAGCCCAUUGACGUCCCUGCGGGCUUUCUCCUCGUGGGGGCCAAGUCCCCCAGCCUACCGGACCAUCUCCUGGUGUGCGCCGUUGACAAGAGGUUCUUGCCGGAUGACAAUGGCCACAAUGCUCUUCUUGGUUUCUCUGGGAAUUGUGUUGGCUGUGGAAAGAAAGGCUUCUGUUACUUCACAGAAUUCUCCAAUCAUAUAAAUCUGAAACUGACCACUCAACCCAAGAAGCAGAAACACUUGAAGUAUUACCUGGUCCGUAACGCACAAGGGACUCUCACCAAAGGACCUUUAAUCUGUUGGAAAGGCUCAGAGUUUAGAAGCCGGCAGAUCCCCACCAGUACUUGUUCUGGUUCCUUCUUCCCGGCCCUGGAGAGCACGGCUGCCUUCCCCAGCGAGCCCAUUCCCGGGACGAACCCCAGCAUCCUGACGGGAGCUCAGCAGGCAGGACCAGCUUCUGAUCACUCCUCACUAAGCGCAACAGUGGGUCCGGCUGUUUUCAACGGCAAAGAUUCCCCAAAGUGCCAACAGCUGGCAAAGAAUAACCUGUUGGCCUUGCCGCGACCAUCGGCUUUAGGUAUCUUGUCAAACUCCGGGCCCCCCAAAAAACGCCACAAAGGAUGGUCUCCAGAAUCUCCAUCAGCUCCAGACAGUGGCUACCCCCAAGGUGGUGGGAACAGAGCUAAGUAUGAGAGCACAGGCGUGUCCUGCGUGCCCCAGGUUGGCUUGGUGGGACCAGCUUCAGUCACCUUCCCAGUGGUGGCCUCUGGAGAACCAGUGUCUGUUCCUGACAACUUGCUGAAAAUAUGCAAGGCCAAGCCAGUGAUAUUUAAAGGCCACGGGAACUUCCCUUACCUGUGUGGGAACUUGAAUGACGUCGUGGUCAGCCCCCUCCUGUACACGUGCUACCAGAAUUCCCAGUCUGUCUCGCGGGCAUACGAGCAGUACGGCGCCUCUGCCAUCCAGCCCAUCUCUGAGGAGAUGCAGCUCCUGCUGACUGUGUACUACCUGGUCCAGCUGGCCGCGGACCAGGUGCCCUUGAUGGAGGACCUGGAGCAGAUCUUCCUGCGCUCUUGGCGCGAGUCGCACCUGACCGAGAUCCGGCAGUACCAGCAGGCGCCGCCGCAGCCCUUCCCACCCGCGCCCAGCGCCGCGGCACCCGUGACCUCCGCGCAGCUGCCCUGGCUGGCCAGCCUGGCCGCCAGCUCCUGCAACGACAGCGUGCACGUCAUCGAGUGUGCCUACUCCCUGGCCGAGGGCCUCUCCGAGAUGUUCCGGCUGCUGGUCGAGGGCAAGCUCGCCAAGACCAACUACGUGGUCAUCAUCUGCGCCUGCCGCAGCGCGGCCAUCGACUCCUGCAUCGCCGUCACUGGAAAAUACCAAGCCCGGAUUCUUUCCGAGAGCCUUCUCACCCCAGCGGAGUACCAGAAGGAAGUCAAUUAUGAGCUGGUUACGGGGAAGGUGGACUCGCUGGGGGCCUUCUUUAGCACCCUCUGUCCAGAGGGUGACAUUGACAUUUUGCUGGACAAAUUUCACCAGGAAAAUCAAGGCCAUAUUUCUUCCUCACUCACUGCCUCUUCUGUCACUAAAGCAGCAUCCCUGGAUGUCAGUGGGACACCGGUGUGCACAAGUUACCAUCUGGAGCCACACAGCAUCCGGCCCUUCCAGCUGGCAGUGGCGCAGAAGCUCCUCUCCCAUGUGUGUUCCAUUGCGGAUUCCAGCACCCAAAAUCUGGACCUGGGAUCCUUUGAGAAGGUGGACUUUCUUAUUUGCAUUCCGCCCUCAGAAGUGACCUACCAGCAGACUCUGUUCCAUGUGUGGCAUUCAGGAGUUUUACUGGAGCUUGGUCUGGAGAAAGAGCACAUGACGAAGCAGAGGGUGGAACAGUAUGUCCUGAAGCUAGACGCGGAGGCACAGACAAAAUUUAAGGCUUUUCUGCAAAACUCCUUCCAGAACCCGCACACACUUUUUGUCCUCAUCCAUGACCAUGCGCACUGGGAUCUUGUGAGUAGCGCUGUUCAUAACCUCUAUUCUCAAAGUGACCCGUCGGUGGGAUUGGUGGACCGAUUGCUCAACUGCAGGGAGGUGAAGGAGGCCCCUAACAUUGUGACACUUCACGUGACCUCCUUCCCGUACGCACUGCAGACACAGCACACCCUCAUCAGCCCCUACAAUGAGAUCCACUGGCCCGCCUCCUGCAGUAAUGGAGUGGACUUAUAUCAUGAGAAUAAGAAGUACUUCGGGCUGUCGGAGUUUAUUGAAUCCACCCUUUCAGGGCACAGCCUCCCCUUGCUCAGAUACGACAGCUCCUUUGAAGCCAUGGUCACUGCAUUAGGAAAAAGGUUCCCCCGCCUGCACAGCGCGGUGAUCAGGACCUUUGUUCUCGUGCAGCACUACGCGGCCGCCCUGAUGGCCGUGAGCGGCCUCCCGCAGAUGAAGAACUACACGUCGGUGGAGACGCUGGAGAUCACGCAGAACCUCCUCAACUCCCCGAAGCAGUGCCCCUGUGGCCACGGGCUCAUGGUCCUGCUGCGGGUGCCCUGUUCGCCCCUGGCAGCCGUGGCCUAUGAGCGGCUGGCCCACGUGCGGGCCCGGCUGGCGCUGGAGGAGCACUUCGAGAUCAUCCUGGGCAGUCCCAGCUCGGGCGUCACCGUGGGGAAGCACUUCGUAAAGCAGCUCAGGAUGUGGCAGAAAAUUGAGGAUGUGGAGUGGAGACCCCAGACUUACUUGGAGCUGGAGGGUCUGCCUUGCAUCCUGAUCUUCAGUGGGAUGGACCCGCACGGGGAGUCCUUGCCGAGGUCUUUGAGGUACUGUGACCUGCGAUUGAUAAACUCAUCCUGCUUGGUGAGAACAGCCUUGGAGCAGGAGCUGGGCCUGGCUGCCUACUUUGUGAGCAACGAGGUUCCCUUGGAGAAGGGGGCUAGGAACGAGGCCUUGGAAAGUGAUGCAGAGAAGCUGAGCAGCACAGACAACGAGGAUGAGGAGCUGGGGACAGAAGGCUCCACCUUGGAGAAGAGAAGCCCCAUGAAAAGGGAGAGGUCCCACUCCCACGACUCAGCAUCCUCGUCGCUCUCCUCCAAGGCGUCCGGUUCAGCGCUCGGUGGUGAGUCCUCGGCUCAGCCCACAGGGCUCCCCCAGGGAGAGCAUGCCAGGUCGCCCCAGCCCUGUGGCCCCACAGAGGAGGGCAGAGCCCCUGGUGAGAAACAGAGGCCCCGGGCAAGUCAGGGGCCACCGUCGGCCAUCAGCAGGCACAGUCCUGGGCUGACACCCCAGCCUGACUGCAGUCUCAAGACCAGCCAGAGGAGCGUCCAGGUGUCGGUCACCUCGUCGUGCUCCCAGCUGUCCUCCUCCUCGGGCUCGUCCUCCUCAUCCGUGGCGCCUGCUGCCGGCACGUGGGUCCUGCAGGCCUCCCAGUGCUCCUUGACCAAGGCCUGUCGCCAGCCGCCCGUCGUCUUCUUGCCCAAGCUCGUGUACGACAUGGUCGUGUCCACUGACAGCAGCGGCCUGCCCAAGGCUGCCUCCCUGCUGCCCUCCCCCUCAGUCAUGUGGGCCAGCUCUUUCCGCCCCCUGCUCAGCAAGACCAUGACGUCCACUGAGCAGUCCCUCUACUACCGGCAGUGGACGGUGCCCCGGCCCAGCCACAUGGACUAUGGCAACCGGGCCGAGGGCCGCGUGGAUGGCUUCCACCCCCGCAGGCUGCUGCUCAGCGGCCCCCCUCAGAUCGGGAAGACAGGCGCCUACCUGCAGUUCCUCAGUGUCCUGUCCAGGAUGCUUGUUCGGCUCACGGAAGUGGAUGUCUAUGACGAGGAGGAGAUCAAUAUCAACCUCAGAGAAGAAUCUGACUGGCAUUAUCUCCAGCUUAGCGACCCCUGGCCAGACCUGGAGCUGUUCAAGAAGUUGCCCUUUGACUACAUCAUUCAUGACCCGAAGUAUGAAGAUGCCAGCCUGAUUUGUUCACACUAUCAGAGUAUAAAGAGUGAAGACAGAGGGAUGUCCCGGAAGCCGGAGGACCUUUAUGUGCGGCGUCAGACGGCACGGAUGAGACUGUCCAAGUACGCAGCAUACAACACUUACCACCACUGUGAGCAGUGCCACCAGUACAUGGGCUUCCACCCCCGCUACCAGCUGUAUGAGUCCACCCUGCACGCCUUUGCCUUCUCUUACUCCAUGCUAGGAGAGGAGAUCCAGCUGCACUUCAUCAUCCCCAAGUCCAAGGAGCACCACUUUGUCUUCAGCCAACCUGGAGGCCAGCUGGAGAGCAUGCGACUGCCCCUCGUGACAGACAAGAGCCAUGAAUAUAUAAAAAGUCCAACAUUCACUCCAACCACUGGCCGUCACGAACAUGGGCUCUUUAAUCUGUACCAUGCAAUGGAUGGUGCCAGCCAUUUGCAUGUGCUGGUCGUCAAGGAAUACGAGAUGGCGAUUUAUAAGAAAUACUGGCCCAACCACAUCAUGCUGGUGCUCCCCAGUAUCUUCAACAGCGCUGGAGUUGGUGCCGCCCAUUUCCUCAUCAAGGAGCUGUCGUACCAUAACCUGGAGCUUGAGCGGAACCGGCAGGAGGAGCUGGGGAUCAAGCCGCAGGACAUCUGGCCUUUCAUUGUGAUCUCUGAUGACUCCUGCGUGAUGUGGAACGUGGUGGAUGUCGACUCUGCUGGGGAGAGAAGCAGGGAGUUCUCCUGGUCGGAAAGGAACGUGUCUUUGAAGCACAUCAUGCAGCACAUUGAGGCGGCCCCCAACAUCACGCACUACGCCCUGCUGGGCCUGCGGAAGUGGUCCAGCAAGACCCGGGCCAGCGAGGUGCGAGAGCCCUUCUCCCGCUGCCACGUGCAUAACUUCAUCAUCCUGAACGUGGACCUGACCCAGAACGUGCAGUACAACCAGAACCGGUUCCUGUGUGACGAUGUAGACUUCAACCUGCGGGUGCACAGCGCCGGCCUCCUGCUCUGCCGGUUCAACCGCUUCAGCGUGAUGAAGAAGCAGAUCGUGGUGGGCGGCCACAGGUCCUUCCACAUCACGUCCAAGGUGUCCGAUAACUCCGCGGCGGUCGUGCCGGCCCAGUACAUCUGUGCCCCGGACAGCAAGCACACCUUCCUCGCGGCACCCGCCCAGCUCCUGCUGGAGAAGUUCCUGCAGCACCACAGCCACCACUUCUUCCCACUCUCCCUGAAGAACCGUGACCACCCAGUGCUGUCUGUCGACUGUUACCUUAACCUGGGAUCUCAGAUUUCUGUUUGCUAUGUGAGCUCCAGGCCCCACUCUUUAAACAUCAGCUGCUCGGACUUGCUGUUCAGUGGACUGCUGCUGUACCUCUGUGACUCUUUUGUGGGAGCUAGCUUUUUGAAAAAGUUUCAUUUUCUGAAAGGUGCGACCUUGUGUGUCAUCUGUCAGGACCGGAGCUCACUGCGUCAGACGGUUGUCCGCCUGGAGCUCGAGGAUGAGUGGCAGUUCCGGCUGCGCGAUGAGUUCCAGACCGCCAAUGCCAGGGAAGACCGGCCGCUCUUCUUUCUGACCGGACGACACAUCUGAGGAAGACAGCGGCGAGUUUUCUGGAAGAGAUGAGUGCUCAGAGCCCUCAUGCUGUUGGAGGCUAAAGGGAGGCCUGGAACUGUGGGGUGUUCGACUGGAAUAGACCCCAGGGACUGUCUGCAGCGCAGCCCCUCAUAGUACACGUGGGCUCCUGGGAGCCAGGAAAAGACUCCGCAGUGGGUGGGAAUGAAAACUUGAGACUCCCAAGUUCUGGGCCAGCCCAUUGCCCACGGCUGUUUUCAAGCCUGUUUCACGAGGAACAAAUAUUUGCUUCCUGUCCUGACAUUCGUGUGCUUCCAUGAACAAACCUGAUUUUUUUCUCUUAGUUCUAAAGAAUCUUGGGUUAUUUUGUAGCAGUGCCAGUAUUUCAGUAGAUGGGAUUUCAGCCAAGUAGGUUCCCCUGUAACCUCCUACAAAGCAAUAUUCCAAAGGAACAUUUUAACUGUAAAGGUUGGAGACAAGAAAAAAUAAGUAGAUCGUUUUAAUAACAAUUAUUUAAUUGCCUAUAAGUUUGCUGUUUCAGAGGCUAGCCCAAAGGCAUCAAAUUUAAUAAAGUUAAACAAAUUGAUUUACUUCAGAGCAAAUAUGAUCCUAUUAAAAUAAUGUAGGGUAAAUACCCUACCUCUUAGAAAGGGCAAAAAUGCAAAGAAGCUUUCUUUAAAACUAAAAGGGUUUUCUGGGGGGGGGUUGGGGAGGAGGAAAUGAGGCUAACAGAGGUUGACCAAAAAUUUGCCUUACAAAGGAGAAAGGACCACAUUGCUUACUUGAAACAAACAAUGAAAACAACCAAAAAACAAUGAAAACAACCAAAGUGAUAUAUAAAAUAGUUGAUGAGAACUAGACUUAUGACUAUAAUUUACUAGAGUUUAGUUUUCAGUUCCUGAAGUAGCUCAUUUUCUCUUACUGAUGUUUGGUUCCUCAGGGAAGAAUCUCGCUUGACUAGAGAGGAGGUGGGAACAGAAGAGAGGAGGCAGGGAGAUGGAUUUCUUAGGGCUCACCCCUUCACAGGCUGACAGAAUGGUUUUUUUUUUUUUUUUUUGAGACAGAGUCUCGCUCUGUUGCCCAGGCUGGAGUGCAGUGGUGAUCUCGGCUCACUGCAAACUCCGCCUCCUGGAUUCACACCAGUCUCCUGCCUCAGCCUCCCAAGUAGCUGGGACUACAGGCGCCCGCCACCAUGCCUAGCUAAUUUUUUGUAUUUUUUAGUAGAGAUGGGGUUUCACCGUGUUAGCCAGGAUGGUCUCGAUCUCCUUAUCUUGUGAUCUGCCUGCCUCGGCCUCCCAAAGUGCUGGGAUUACAGGCGUGAACCACUGUGCCCGGCCCAGAAUGGUUUUUAAAGCCGCAGUUGAGAGGCCACCCAUUGCCCAGGCACCUGGACAGUGAUCAUCUUGUUCAUCUUGUUCAAUCCUUUCUUGUGUGAUUGGAAUUACUCUUCCCCUUUGAAAGAUGAGAAGGUUGAGAUGCAAAGAGUACCUUUUCAAGGUCUCACUGCUGGAAAGAGCUAGAAGCACAGUUCAAAGUUCUGAUCUCUGGACUUUGCAGUCCAGUUCUCCCUUCUCCCACUCUCCUACCCUCAAUGCCACACUGGUUUUGAAGUGGCACAUAACUUGAAGGAAAAGUUUAAAGACAGUUCAAGGUAAUCAUCAGAAUGCAUUCUUUUGAGACGGAGUUUCACUCUUUCUUGCCCAGGCUGGAAUGCAAUGGUGCGACUCUCUGCUCACUGCAACCUCUGCCUCCUGGUGUUCAAGUGAUUCUGCAGCCUCAGCCUCCCGAGUAGCUGGGAUUAUGGGCACCCACCACCAUGCCCAGCUAAUUUUUGUUUUUGGUUUUGUUUUGUUUUUUUAGUAGAGACGGGGUUUCGCCAUGUUGGCCAGGGUGGUCUCGAGCUCCUGGCCUCAGGUGAUCUGCCCACCUCAGCCUCCCAAAGUGCUGGGAUUAUAGGCGCCUGGCCUCAGAAUGCAUUUACACAUCUAUCCUAGACAUUUAUAAGCACUCUAAUGGAUAACAAUCCAAGAAUAAAUGAUUGUAAAAGAUGAUGCCGAAGAGUUGAUGUCAAUCUUUUUUUCCUAAGAAAAAAAGUCCACAAGUAUUAAAUAUUUAGAUCAGUGUUUAUAAAAUGAUCACUUUGUAUAUCUCAUUAUUCCUAUUUUGGAAUAAAAACUGACCUUCUUUAAUCAUACUUGUCUUUUGUAAAUAGCAGCUUUUGUGUCAUUCUUCCCACUUUAUUAGUUAAUUUAAAUUGGAAAAAACCCUCCAACUAAUAUUCUUGUCUGUUCCAGUCUUAUAAAUAAAACUUAUAAUGCAUGUA